AUGGCUAGUGCUAAGCUGAAGGAUGUAUUCAUGGACAAUGACUCCGAUGUCGAGCAGUCUUUGAAGAGUGAUGCGGCCCUACCAAUUAAUGAACCCGAAAUCACGGAGAUUCUCAAGAAGAAGGUGAAUAAGGUGUUCGUUCUCUUGCCGACUCCCAUUAGUCCUUCGCCCAAGUUUGUAGUUCAAUUUAUGCUAUUUUCAGACUUGCUCAUACAUAGGUUACUACAGCAAAGGAAAGAGCCAGAACAAUCUUCCCCUAUGAAGAAAGGUCACAACAGGCAGAGUAAGCCUGACUCUGAAGCAGAAGCAUUGAUGGAGCAAUCCAAGCUUAAUCAUUAUAAUGUUAUGACGUAUGUUGUUUUCUUAUCUCACUUCACUAUACUUUAA